CUCCUCUGGUGGCAGUGGCACCCGCCGCGCCAGCCAUAUAUGUCGCGGAGGCGCGCGCGUUCCUGCCUGGCUCGAGAUUCCGUCCACGCCAUUGCGUCGCACUGCCUCCACACGACGACUCCACGAACACGAGCGGCCACAAGACGAGAUCCAGGCGGCUGUGUAGCUACGCUGCCAUGACGUCUACCGUGACGACGCCCAGCCGGCCGCUCGCCGCCGGGAGCCGUCCGCGGCGGUCCGGACCCGCCGUGCUCUCGCUCAGCAAGGGCGGCGGCGGUCAGCGGCGGCAGCGGCGGCUGGCGCCGUCCACGAGCUGCGCCGUGCUCGCGUCGCCCGACAAGCAGAGCACGGCCAACAAGCUCCCGCUGUCGUCGAGGAAGCAGGAGGAGGAGGUGGAGAAGGCCACGGACUACAACGAGGUCGCGGCAGCGCUGGAGACCAUCUACAAGCUCAGCCCCGCCGUGGAGGUCGAGGAGAAGAAGCGCCAGGGCGGCAAUGAAGACGACGGCGGUGGCGAGGCCAAGAAGAAAAGGAAGCGCAGAGUGGCGGGUAGGAGCACGGUGGUCGUGAGGAGCCGGCGUCGGCGUGGCGGGAGGAGGAUGGACCUCGGGAAGCGGGUGGAGAUGAAGGGCGCGGCCGCCGCUAGCAGAGAGCAGCAGCAGGGGGGAGAGGAGCAAGGAGAGCGCGAGUUCGAGGAGAUGCUGCUGCGGGAGCACUCGGUGUCGACGGACAUGGGCAGCCUGGACUGGAAGCGCAUGAAGAUCCCGCCGGUGCUCACCUCAUCGCAGAGCGCGCGGCUCUUCAAGACCAUGCAGCCCAUGAAGGCGAUCUUCGAAGCGCAGGAGAGCUUGCGAGAGGAGCUGCAGAGGGACCCCACCGACGCGGAGGUCGCCGAGGCCACCGGCAUGACCGUCCACCAGCUCCGCCGCCGCCUCGAUGUCGGCCGGGCCGCCAGGAACAAGCUCAUUAAGCACAACCUCCGGCUGGUGCCGUACGCCCUCAACAAGUACUACCCUGACAUGGGCGGCGACGAGAGGUUCGACGAGCUGUGCCAGGCGGGCGCCAACGGGCUGAUCACCGCCAUCGAUCGGUUCGAGCCGAAGCGCGGCUUCCGCAUCUCCACGUACGCGCUCUUCUGGAUCCGGCACUCCAUCGUGCGCGCCAUGACGCUGUCCAGCUUCACCCGCUUCCCGUUCGCCAUGGAGUCGGAGCGGCAGGAGAUCGGCAGGGCGCGGGAGGAGCUGGCGUUCGAGCUCGGCCGGCCGCCCACGGACGAGGAGGUGCGGGCGAGGGUGGGCCUCUCCCCGCAGAGGUACCGCGACGUGCUGCGGAUGGCCAGGCCCACAUACUCGCUGCACGCCCGGAACCGCGUCACGCAGGAGGAGCUCAUCGGCGAGGUCACCGACGCCGAAGCCGUCGGGGUCGACGCCGGCGGCAAGCACGACGCGCUGCUCCGCCUCGCCAUCGAUGACCUCCUGGACUCUCUGAAACCCAAGGAGAGCCUGGUGAUCAGGCAGCGGUUCGGCCUGGACGGCAGGGGGAGGCGCACGCUAAGCGAGGUCGCCGGCAACCUCAGCAUCUCGCGGGAGAUGGUGCGCAAGUACGAGCUCAAGGCGCUCAUGAAGCUCAAGCACCCCACAAGGGUGGAAUACCUGCGCAGGUACAUGUGAUCGGGCUGAGCUGAGCUGAGCUUCUUCUGCUGCUAUGGAAUGCAUUGUAAUCCGAAUUCUUCUAUUAUUAUUGUAUAAUAAUACAAGACUAUAGCAGAUAUAUAGACGAAAUGUACGUGUACAGGAAGACAGGAAUGAAUGGUGUGUGCGUUUGGGGAUCCAGAUGAGUGACUUCAUCUUUUAAUUUGCAUGUAAUUAAUUCUUAACGUACAUACAUACGACCGUCGUUUAUGUCCA